AUGAUCACUGAACUCGUUGAUUAUUUAGAUACCAAAUUUCGAGUCAGAGAGGACAUAUACAUUGUGCCUACAGUAUUAAAGCGAUGCUUUCACCAUUUAUAUAACUGUUACAAGCAUAGAGUAAACUUCUGGUAUCAGUUUGAAGAAACGGUGGGUCGAUACCCAGAUAAAAAUGCUUUAAUUUUCCCAAGAAAAAACACCGCUACUAAUGGAUUUGAUUUGGAGAUAUACACAUACAAAGAAUUAUAUGAGGUGGUUCUCAGGCUAAGUCAUAUCUUAGUGGAGGAGUAUGGAGUUUGUCCGGACGAGAUUGUAGCGAUGGACUACGCCAAUAAACCUAUGUUCAUUUUCCUUUGGUUUGCAUUAUGGAACAUAGGAGCCAAACCAGCAUUUUUAAAUUUUAACGUUACGAAGAACCCUCUCAUUCAUUGCCUGAAAGUCGUCGAGUCUUCGCACUUCUUCGUUGAUGUCGACGUUUUACCAACCGUGAAGGACACUUUAGACGAACUUCAAGAAAAGUCACCAUCCUUGUCAAUCUCAGUGUUAAAUGAGGACACACUGAUGCAACGAUUAUUAGACCCAGAAUCACUGGGUUUUAGACAGGCAGAUCAGAGGAGAAACUACAUGGACAAUGAUUACGAUAUUGGAGCCCUGAUCUAUACAAGUGGAACCACAGGCCUUCCUAAGUCAGCUAUCAUGAGCUGGAGGAAAGCAUUCAUGGCAUCCUCAUUUUUUGGCCAUGUUAUGAGGAUCAGCUCAGACAGUGUAGUUUUUACUGCCAUGCCGUUAUAUCAUUCUACAGCUGCCAUGUUGGGUGUACUACCAGCAUUUGGUAUUGGAGGCUGUGUAGUUCUUGCUCCCAAGUUUUCUGUUUCCUCAUUUUGGACUCAAGCGAAAGUUACUGGCGCCACUCAUAUCCAGUACGUUGGGGAAGUUUGUAGGUAUUUGAUGAACAGUAGUGUUCAUCCAGAUGAAAAGAAUCAUCAUGUGAAAGUUGCAUACGGAAAUGGUUUACGGAGUGAUAUAUGGAGACAGUUUAAACAAAGGUUUAAUAUUGAAGCUGUGGGAGAGUUUUAUGCAGCCACGGAGGCUCCAUUUGCAACUACGUGUUUUCAAACAGGAAACUUUGGCAUUGGAGCUUGCCGAAGUUACGGCAAGUUCGUCAACUCUGUAUUGCAGUUCCAGCAUUGCAUUUUGAAAAUUGAUCCUGAGGAUUCAACCAGACUCUACAGAGAUAAGACAGGGCGCUGUCACGUAGCAGAUUUUGAUGAGCCCGGGGAAUUAGUGAUGAAAAUAUUCUUCCCAAGGAAUCCAAAAUCUACAUUUCAGGGUUACCUAAACAAUAAGAGAGAAACAGAAUCAAAAGUCGCACGCAAUGUAUUCCACAAAAACGAUGCAUGGUAUCGAUCUGGUGAUCUUUUACGGAUGGAUAAAGACGGUUUAUUGUACUUCAUAGACCGUCUUGGAGAUACUUUUCGCUGGAAAUCAGAAAAUGUAUCUACCACUGAGGUUGAAAACGAAGUUCUACAAGUGAAAGGAGUGAAACAAUGUUGUGUCGUUGGGGCUCAGGUGCUCAACCACGAAGGGCGGGCUGGGUAUUGUGUUAUUGAAAAAAUAGAAGGACUAACUACAGAGAAAGUUCUAGAGUCUGUUGCACAUCAUAUACAGACAACGCUGCCAUCGUACGCUAGACCAGUAUUUGUCAGAUUUGACAAUAUCCCAAUGACUGACAAUCACAAGGUAUCAAAGAAAGAUUUCAAAGACCCUCAGCUGCCUAGAAACAAAUGUGAAGAAAUUGUAUAUUAUUUGAACGGGAAGACCAAAGAGUAUCAAUCUCUUACUGAUGAAGUUUGGUCUCAAAUUCUUGACGGUAACAUCAGACUCUAA